AAGCUAUGGGGGGGCUCAUCAUCUGAAGAAUUUGUCGAAAAACUCGCACUUUUUCAGUCUUUUCCUAAUUUCUCCUAAAAGGAAAACGUUUUGGAAAAAACGACACAUAUUUUUGUGGAGCAAGGCAAGGCGAAUCUUCGGGCGUAUGAAAGAAGUCUCUAGCUCCCAUGGCAAAAAACUAGAUAGUAUUGCGCGGUGAGAACCUCAAGGUUCGAGUGAUCAAUGUUUGAUUAGCUACAAGAGUUUAAGACUUGAAGAAAAGUCAUUGAAUGACAAGUGCCUAGAUGUGUUUCAGGAUGCUGAAUCCAAAAACCGCACCGGUGAGAUCGAAAAAUGAAAAGAUCAGGAGAUAAUCGGGAUUUUUCUGAAAAAUCGGUUUUUCGAGGUUUUUGACGCCCUCACAGUAUUUUGGGGUUUUCUGCAUGAAAAGUCAGUCAAAUCGAAAAAAUAAGAUCAGAUUCGUGAUCAACAGCGUCUGACAAAUCAGAAUAUGUGUUUGAAAAUUCAGAAGCUUUUCCACUUGAUUUUUGCAUUGCCGGCACCUUAAUAACUUUCACUCACCAAACGUUGAGACAAAUGUGAAAAGCAUCAUACUUUUAGUUCGAUAUUGAGUAGUGGUCGUCCAUCCUCUUACUAGUCACGCUCGUUCACAGUGGAGAAGGACUAAUUAGUCACAAUUCUCUGAAUCAUCUUUCAUGCAUCAUGUCUGAUAGAACGGAAAGAAAUAUUUAGUGUAUUCUCCACACAUUUCGCCAUCGAUCUAGGCAAAAACCAGGCUUUCAUGAUGAAUGGAGAAUAGAGAGGAAAUUUUGUAAUAAUAAUCCCGUGCUCAAAAAUUUAACAUCUUUUUAAGGGAUUAAUUUUUUUCUCAGCUAAAUAAUGUAAGUAAGCUGAGAAAACUUCAGAACAUAUACUUCGAAGUAUCCUCUACAAACCGGGAACGCUAGAGGAAAAUCUAAAUGGCCUUCCGAUGGAAAUGGCCUUCUAUUCUGAAAAGUGUUUCUUGUAAUAAAAUCUAUUGUUUUUUUAUAUAUAUAUAAUCACUUAAUAUUUUAGUAUCUUGGUUCACAAAAAAAAAUAUCAAUAUUAGGUGGUUAUAAAAAUUUAAUAAAAGAAGGUGGUGUAUUAAGUUUAUGGCGCGGUAAUGGUAUGAAUGUUAUAAAGAUUAUACCUGAGACUUCAUUGAGAUUUGCAUCGUAUGAACAAUUUAAAAAGUUAUUCCAAAAAAUACAAAAUAAAGAUACGCAAGCUGCUACAGGCACUAUCGAAAAAUUUUUAGCCGGAAGUUGUGCUGGUGCUUUGUCUCAAACUGUCAUUUAUCCACUUGAUGUGUUAAAAGUACGUUUCAGUUUACAAAGGACUGGUGAGUAUGCUGGUAUGUUUGACGCAAUCAAGAAAAUUUCUAGUCAAGAAGGAUACAGAGCAUUUUGGCGUGGAUAUUUAUUAAAUAUUGCUGGAAUAAUUCCAUAUGCUGGAUUUGAUUUAGCAUGCUACGAGGCAACUGUCUCAUUGAAAAGUGAUUCAAAACAUGUUGCACCAGUUGGACAGAUGUUUCGUGACGUAUGGCGUACAGAAGGUAUUGUGGGAUUCUAUCGUGGACUCGUACCCAAUAUUUUAAAAGUAGUGCCAGCGGUAUCCAUUAGUUAUCUUGUUUAUGAAACAGUUAUGAAAGAAAUAAAAAAAUAG